AUGGGUGAAAAAGAAAGAUGGGUUUCUUUCUCUUAUGAUUAUUGCUGUAGUGGGUUUCUUUCUCUUUUGAUUGGGCAAGUUGGGCAGAAUCCAAUUCAGAAGCAAUUGAGGAGCAGUAGGCCUGUGACGCUGUUUUCGCUUGGGACUGGUGGGAUUCGAAACAACCAGAGGCCGUUUGAUAAUGAAGAGCCCAAAGAGUAUGCUAAUAGGUGCACUGUUCAAUGGCAUCGAGUUGCAAUGUACCCAGAGAGAUUGGGAGGGCUUGCUUUGAAGCAAGUCAAACCCGGGUCUAUCUUCUAUGUCGAGGGGAAUUUGGAGGCCAAAAUAUUUAGUGAUCCAAUAACAGGUCUCGUUAGGCGUCUUAGAGAGAUUGCAAUUCGUAGAGAUGGUCGUGUUGUAUUUCUCAGUAAAGAUGGAGAUGACAACGAACCAACACAAAUGGAGGACUUGAGAGGCGUGGGCUACUACUAAAAUGAA